AUGGUGGCCUGCAUCGAUCCGUUCGUGUACGCCAUAAGCCACCCCAGAUACCGCAUGGAGCUGCAGAAGCGAUGUCCCUGGCUGGCGCUCAACGAAAAGGCGCCGGAAUCGUCGGCUGUCGCCUCCACCAGCACCACCCAGGAACCACAGCAGACCACCGCCGCCUAAUGCAAAUUCCCACCCACCAGCCACCCAUCCAAAAAAUGCUGACAAUGAUGAUGAACUGAAACGGCAACGAACUCGUAAUACCAAACGCCAGGGAAAAUUGUAUAAAUAUUUCACGGAGUUUCUGCUAGAGUGCAAGGAGUUGAAAAUGUUUUCUUGUUAUGAUUUGUAGUCACUUUUGUGUUUAUGAAAGAAAUAUAGUAAAAUUACAGCAAGCUA